ACGUGACUUCCGAGCAGCGUGACUUUGGCUGUCUUUGUCUGGAUCUCGGCUUCUCCAUACAAUCAAAUCAGUCCCGCGUCAACCCCAUUCUCACCCUCUAUCGUCCCCUGCAUUCACUUACGAUCUAACUGGCAAUUCCUGUCUUCAAGCACCUGGUUUUAUUUUUUUAAGGCCUCUGUCGGGUGACUCUCUGCGAUACCCUCUUCGCCCUGUAUGUGCCUCGGGGACAAAUAGCCAUCGCGGCCGUGUUAUAAGCUCCGUGCCGUUGGCACCUAACUUCCCCUGCGUAGACAGCGUCGACCUGGGACAAUUUGCACCGGAAUUUCCUGCCAGUCCGUUUCGCUCGUUCAUCUUUUGCUAGGCCGAUACCACCGCCCGUUGAAUGGAGUCGUAAUGGCUCAAUCGGCCGACCACCUCGUCGAUCAGAUCGCCCAGCUCGACGCUGCCCGCAAUCUCGUUCUGGGCGAUGCUGCAUUCUACCCUCAGAUCGUGAAUGGCGUCCUUCCUUUAAUCGGAUCGCGUGCGCGACUGGAAUUGCGAAGAUGGGGUGCCGAGUUCCUGGCCGAAACCUUCGCCAGUCCAGCGCUGGCCUCAGCACAAAAGGAGCAGCUAGCUGCCAACGUUCUACAGUCACAGCGCGAGAUACUGGAGUUACCGGAAGAAGAUCCAUUGGUCUUGAAACAUAUAGUGCAGAGUGCUGCCAGUCUGUAUCCGCUGGUGUUUAGGCAUAUUAUCAACCAUCCCCGAGAUGGCGCGAUGUGGGAGACUAUGACGGCAAUCAAAGAAGGUAUCCUGCGGCGAUGGGACUCGUUUCCGUCGCCGGUCAAGAUCUGUUGCAUCAAAUUCGUCCAGCGCGUUGUUCAAGUUCAGACCCAUGGACCGAUCGCAGACCCUAGAAGACCAGACCAGAACGAGACCUCCUUGGCAAUUGUGCCUCGCAAUCACCCCGUCCUGUCGCUUCCUAACCUGGAAGCGGAAGCCUCUGGUCUGUUGGACAGGCUUUUGUCUGCCCUCCAGGAAGAAUCGAGCGACCCUAUCCUUGUGAACGCCACGUUGAACUGCCUAGCAGUCUUGAUUCGCAGCCGACAAUCCAUCGGAAACAAAAUCAUCAAUGCUAUCAUGAACUUCUUCCCUGCUAGACAAGUGCGCCCACCCAUAACGCCAGCUGUCCGAGUUGGAGUCAAAUCGAUGGAGAGGACCGCCAGAGCCGUCCUAGAGCACAUAAUGAAAAGAAAUACCAAUCAUCCAUUCUUCCGCAAGAUGGAACAGCACGCCGAUCGCUUGAAAAAUUCACGCCUGGAGCUCGUCGACGAAGCAACGAGGAAACGCGGAGCGCCUGCUGAGCCAACGGACGGGCUUGAUAAAACGAAACGGACCAAACUCGAUGCAGAAACGCCGGCUUUGAUCAAGAUACCACCGCUUCCUCCAGGACCCACAAGUUACGCGCAGCUCUUCACCCUCACGGAAGAUGCAGAAGCUGCACGGUUUGAUGUCAAGCAGCUGCCGCCAGAUCUCCUGGUCAAUAUCGUUGUUCCCAUUCUCGCUCGCGUAGAUCAGUCCGCCUUGACUCAGUCUAUCGAUGCCAUACGCAUGCGCUACGAGACAAUUCAGAAGCGGCAGGCCGCACAGCCUCCGACAGCGGCAGCAGCGGCGGCGGCGGCGGCGGCCGACGACGACGACGAUUACGAGCCCGAGUACCAGCCAAUGGAUUUUUCAGAGCCGGCGCAUGAGCUGGCGGAUGCUGCUCCAGCCGAGGUUGCAGAUGUUCAGCCAGACCUCGUCUCAUUAGGACCCUUUGUCUUACCUCAACCUCCACCGCUGUCCGAGAACGAGGCCGCAGAUGUUGGUCGCAGUGCUGUCGGGAGAGUAUUUGGUAUGCUGGCGUCUAGCGCAGUCGCCUCUAAUCCCGCCAAGGGCAAGAGUCAGCAGCAGCCGGGGUUCGCUAGACUAGCUGGGAGCAAUUUUGACAGAGAUGCCUGGGUUACGCUACUCACCAGACUCGCCACAAGAGCUCCAGCAGGCCUGGAAACGGGCACGGGAAAGUUUGGACAGGAGGCAGCGGGCCGGGGUAGGGCAACCAUUUCCAAUUCGAUCAGAGAGACUCUGUAUCGGUACAUUCUCGAGGACUUCCGAGGCCGUGUGAACGUGGGCAUCAUGUGGUUGAAUGAGGAGUGGUACAACGACCGGAUACAGAUGGAGUUCACUGCCUCGCAGCGGAGAUCGGAGGAGGAAGAAGCGACGGUGCCCUUGUUCUAUGAUCACUGGGUCCAGAGACUCUUGGACGGGUUUUUGCCGUACAUUGAUUCUCGAGAUACCAAAAUCUUCAUCCGAUUCUUGAGUGAGAUCCCGGAGGUGACGAUUCCCAUCACACAGAGGGUCGCUAGUCUUGCCAAAGACCCUGAGCGCGUCAAUCUAUGCGUUCAGUCAUUACUGUAUCUAAUCAUGUUUCGACCACCGGCUCGAGAGAUAUGUCUCAAUGCCCUGGAGCACGUUUACGAGACAUACGAGGAAUCACGACCGGCCGCUGGCAAGGUCUUGGCUAAAUGGCGUCCCAAGGUAACGCAGCCACAGCCGCAGGUAGAACAGCAAACGUUGGCGACUCGCGGUGCUGUGGCGGGGAACAGUGCGGCACCUGUUGGCAGUGCUUGAGCCGUUCGAUGCAGUCUGUACAGGUUAUCGAUUAUCCCAUUAUUAGAAGGACG